AUGAACGAAGAGAACGACGAUUACCUGGCCCACGAGGCCGCUGCCAUGGCGGAUGAGGAAAGGGAUGUGGAUGGUGUGGACGGGGACCUGGACGGAGAUGGGGAUGGGCAUGGUCGCAGCGUCGCAGCUGCUAAUAACGAGUCCGUGCUUGGCGGCCAAACAAUGCCACAAAUUAGUUCGAACGCACAGCUCGAGGGAAACGUUUCGCCAACACCGAUACCGACCCAGACAACGGCGUCCCACUUUGAUGAUAAUCUGCAGAAUAAUAAUAUUAGCAACAAGCACAGCGGCAACAUUAACAACAACCACAGCAGUGGCGGCAAUCACCAGCAGAACGACAGCAACCACAGCAGCCCCGUGAAGAGUCCCAAGCGCAACAUCUCUUCCAGCUUCCGGAUACAGAAUGCCCCCUACGAUGAGGAUGAGGACGAGGACCUAACGGCCGGCGACUUGCAGCCAGAUAUCGCCGGUGCAUCUGCUGCAGCAGCUGGAACCUAG